AUGCUUGCCCACGCUUGCACUACGAUCAUUGUUCUGCUGUUCAACCUGGUCCUCGUCUCGGCUUCGCCUCUCUUGCCAUCCUCCUCGAAGGAAGUUCUCGUUAAGCGUACAACGCCAGACUUCCCCGAUGAUGUCCCUUCGUGUGGUAUCUGCUCGCAGAACUACAACUCGAUCAGUAGUUGCGCAGCGGCAGUACCCGUCCUUCAGAACUUCACGACGGUCUUAUUCAAUCCAGGAGCAUUCAUCGACGUCAUCAAGUGCGCGUGUACGGACACCUUCCAAGCUGCCUACCCGCAGUGUGUUGACUGCUUUGAACGCACGAAUCAGACCGCCCUACUCAAUGACGACAAUCUCGACGGCACUCUGGAGGGCCUGCGCACCGUCUGUGGCACUGUCAGUACGACAGUGAGCAACACGACGACAACCGACAACGAGACGGUGCCCACCCUGACGCCGAGCGAGUCCUCAGCAGCGUCCCCGCUGGCCGUUGGUGGAGAGUCUUUGUCGCGUACCCAUCUUGCAAUGCUCCUUGGAGGACUCCUCUUCGGCAUAUCCUUAGUUCUAUGA